AUGGCGUCUUCUGAGGAUCCCGUACAUCCUUUGCGCAUUAGCAAAGGCAGCAGCACUCCGGGAUCUCCCCCUCCUACCAAGGCCAGCACUGGCAUCCCUCGCCCCCUUUCCGAGCUCUCUCCUUCAGACCUCAGGCGGAACUCACCGAGCUUCAAGCAGCCCUCCAAGAAAAUGACCCUCAACACCGACUCCUCUCCAUUCCAGUCGUCCCCACUAGAGACUACUACGUCUCCCAGACUGUUUUGGCAGAAGCGCAACCUGGACUCCAUCAGCACCGAGAACAGCGGAUUAUACGGCGGCGCACGUCACGGCUCGCCUUCGCCAACCCGACGCACUUCCAUCGAACGUCUCCAAAGAGCCUCUCGAGUCAAGAACAGCAACAUUCUCGCUCUCGAGCAGAAGCAGGAAUACGAUCCCACAAGAGUCCCCCAAAUUGAGCGUCCUCUCGCUAAGCAUUCCGGACCCUCAUAUGACGGAACGACAACAAUCAUCAAUGGCCUACGAUCUUCUGAUUCUCUGAACAGAGGCAUCGGCCACCAGCGCAACAACAGCAGCAGGUCGAGCAUCCCCAUCUUCAGCCCGACAACGAGCCCUACCAAGGGUUCUACACCAAUGCAAAUCAACCCUGCGAACCCGCCGCGCAGCCCGGGCAAGGACCAAGGGUCCCCUAUCAAGUCUUCCCUUUCGAGAAGCAACUUCAAGAGCAGCUUCGACCCCGAGACUGGCACCUGGUCAGCCGACACUUCUUUCGACGAUCGCGAGCUUCCUUCUGGAAAGUCGCUUCAUCGCCACGCCAAGAGCGUCACCUUUGACGCGGCUCCUCCUCAAAUCAACGAAUAUGAGAUGGCCACGCCGGACAUUUCUUCCAUAGGAUCCAACUCGCGCGAGGGCAGCUUCGACUCCAUGGAUGACGAGGACGACGAGGACGGACACUACCACUUUGGAGAUCACGAUAUGGAGGGUGACAGCUUCGAUGCGUCGCUAGAGGAUACAGACAAGACUCCCGUCGUCGGUCCUGACGAUUGGAGACAGUCUGCUGAGCGUAUGGAGGAUCCCUUCGAUGGAAGCCCCAUGCCAGAUGCACUUCCACCUCGUAUCGGCCGCACAGAACACACUCGAUCUGACUCAUCAACUUCGGAUCACCGCCCCCUGCCUCCUCUUCCCGGCAUGGGCUCACCCGCCCGUGGUUCGCCCGCCUUCAGUGACUCCCGGUCUUCUCCUGGCCUGUCCGCGACAGCAGAGAGAAUGGUGGGCGCCCACCGUAGCUUGCCACCGCCCCCCCCGGCAGCUGCCAGCAAGAACGAGAUCCAGAGCAUCGGCAACGGCAAGAUGACUCUCGAAGAGAGACUGAAGCUUAUGAUGCUCUCAGACGACCACAAGUCUGCCAACGAGCAGCAGAGAGAGCGUCGCCUUCGUCGCGGUGCUCAGCGCGAUAGAAUCCAGAGCCCCGCUUCCGAUACUGAGACAGCCGAGUCCAGCAUGCUUUCCGCUGAUGCAGAUGAGGCUGAUGAUACCAUUGGAGAUAUUUCUGCCCUCGAGGACUACGAGUUGCCUAGCCGUAUCUCCCGUGAGUCCAUCAUGCGUCGCGUCAAUGGUGGCGCCAAUGACCAAGGAGGUGACUACUUCUCCUCGCCUGCGCCUAGCUCUAGCCCCGAGCGACCCAGCCCUGAGCGUCGUCUGCCCCUGCCCCUUGACCCGGAUGUCCCAAUUCCUUCAACUGAAGACUCCAUCCUGGAUGACAUCUCCGAGCUUAGCGACGAGGGUAGUGUCAUUAUCCACAGAGAUGAGGCCUCUGAUGUCGACACCGAGUCAAUCACAGACUUCUACGCGCGGUCUGACAUUGACGAGAACGAUGCCGAUUCUGCUAGCCAUUACUCUGACGGACCGGCUCGCCAGCCCGAGGUCACUCAGGUCGACGAGGACAUCCUCACACCUCGUGCUGCUAGCCCCUUCCAGACAUUUGACUUGGCCUCAGAGAUAAGACCCCUGGAGCUCAAGUCCGACAAGGGUUUCAGCUCGCCCGAGCAACGCGCUGUCUCUCCGGCUGACCUCCCAGUCAGGGAGCUGACACCCGAGACAAAGGUUGAAGAGGAUAUCGAGCCUACAAGCGAGCCUCAGGAUGAGGUUGUUGAACAGCCUCAGCCCGAACCCGAGGUCGAGAAGGAGCCGUCGCCAGAGAUGAUAGUCGAUGCACCUGUCGACACUGCCUCUGAUCGCAAGCACAGCCUCCCCGAAUUCCACGACGAGGGCAAGGACAACGAGUUCUCCAAGGGCUUGCAGUCGUUCAUGCUUCCUCCGCCUCCGGAGCCUUCUGCCGAGGAAGUCGAGGAGCUUCAGCCCCCGCCAAAGAUGACGGAGCUUCAGGCUGAAAUGCAGCGCCCCGUGACCCCGAAGCAUCUCUCCAAGCCUGAUUACGACGGCUCCGGCUGGGGUGAUCCAGAGGAUGAAGAGUAUGAGGAGGAGCCCGGUACGCCCGAGUCUGUCAUUCAUCGACCCAUGUCCGAUUCUGAAUCAGAAAUCUUCGACGAGCUACCCAUGGAAUCUCCUGCUAUUCCGGAGAGGCAGGCGACAAUCAAGGCAUCUGGAUCCAAGUUGAAGACCAGACCUUCCAACACACCCUCUGACAUCAUUGCCAUGAGGGAAGCCCGGCGCCAAGUUAGUCGCGAGGUGCCCGACAUUCCAGCCAUUCCUGAACGCCACCGCAACAGGCUGUCAAGGGAUCUGCAGGGAGAGCCAACUAUCCACGACGACGAAGAAUUCGUGGACCGCCGCUCGAGCUUCAAGAAGCGCAGUCUCACAUUGGAUCUUGACUUUGGCCUCAGCCUUGACCAAGAUUUCGAUCGUGUCAUUGAACAACAAAAGGUUGCUUUUUCUCAACUAGUCCCCAAAUCUCGCAUCGCAAGUGGCAGCACCAGCAGACAAGUGUCCAAGCCGACCGCAACCACGAAUAAAAUCAUUUCACCAGACAGGAAAGAGUCACAGAAUGCUAACCAGAAGAACCAGCGCGGAUACCUCAUGCGCCAGAACACCAAAGUUGUUACAGCGAGCGACAAAGAGUCUUCUGACAUGUGGAAGACUCGAUCUGCUGGCAACUCCCCCGUUAAGACAGACCGCCCUCAGUCAUGGACCGUCGAGCCCUGGAACGGUAGGCCCAGACAGAAGAGCAUCAGACGCCGCGCCAACACAAGUGGUCCUGUGCCGCCUAUGCCUGGCCAGGAGAGCAAUGCUCAAACUCUGAACCCCCUGGCUGAAGAGGACUUGAACCCGGAGCUUGCGACCGAGGAAAGCGGCGAACGUGGCCGCCUCUUCGUCAAGGUUCUUGGAGUCAAGGAUCUCGACCUGCCCAUUCCCCGAACUGAGCGUACCUGGUUCAGCCUGACGCUUGACAAUGGUGUCCAUUGUGUCACAACCGCCUGGCUUGAGCUUGCUCGCAACGCUCCCGUCGGCCAGGAGUUUGAACUUGUGGUUCCCAACGACCUGGAGUUCCAGCUGACCCUCAACGUGAAGCUGGAGAAGCCCGCGCCUGCCAAGAAGGUGAUCGUGCAGUCUCCUACUAAGGCUAGCAAGCCCAAGACGUCUACCUUUAGCAGGGUGUUCGCGUCUCCCAAGAAGCGGAAGGAGAUGGAGUUGCGCCAGCGCGAAGAGGAGGAGCGUGUAGCCGCCGAGCAGCAAAAGGCUGCUCAGGCCAGACAGAUGAAGGUCGCGCCUACCGCCUGGGACUUGUUGUCUCCACUCGCGGCUGAGGAUGGCAGCUUUGCUCGUUCGUACGUGUGCCUCAAAGAGCACGAGUCGCGCUGUUACGGUCGCCCCUAUGUCGUUGACGUGGCUUGCUUCAACGAGUGGGCGACUGAAGAGGCUACCUUCGCCUCCAGCGUCAAGAGCAAGCGUGGCAAUACUGCUGUUGUCCGCCGCGCCCCCUACAAGAUUGGAAAGUUGGAGCUACAGUUGCUCUUUGUGCCCCGUCCCAAGGGAUCCACCGAGGAGGACAUGCCCAAGAGCAUGAACUCUUGUAUCCGAGAGCUUAAGGCUGCGGAGGAGCGCCUUGCUAAGAACUGGGAAGGUCACCUGAGCCAACAGGGUGGCGACUGCCCUUACUGGCGUCGACGAUACUUCAAGCUUGUUGGCCAGAAGCUCACGGCCUACCACGAGGCUACCCGUCAACCCCGAGCUACUAUCAACCUGGCUAAUGCCAAGAGGCUGAUUGACGACCGGCGUGCCCUGACGGAGCGAGAGACGACCGGCAAGGGCGGCAGACGUCGGCGAUCAGCCUUCGCCGAGGAAGAAGAAGGAUACAUGUUUGUCGAGGAGGGUUUCCGCAUCCGCUUCAAUAACGGCGAGACCAUUGACUUCUACGCCGACACAGCCGAGGACAAGCAGGGCUGGCUGUUGGCUCUGACGGACCUCAUUGGUACCGGUCGCGGCGACAGCGAGGACGAUGUUGGUGGUUCUCGCAAGCAGGGCAAGUGGUGCGAGCUCAUCCUCAAGAGAGAGGAGGCGCUGCGACGGCGGCAAGAGGGCCGACGGGUGCACUCGCGACACGUCUUUGGCAAGCCGACCCGGAAGGAGUUCUGCUACGAUAAUCUUCACAUCAGCCGAAAUGCCUGGGAUACCAACUUGGUGAAGGCCAACCCCGACUACCUCUCCGUCAAUUGGGAUGCCGGCGGUGGCGGCGCUUUCGCUGUCAUCCCCCUUGGCGAGAAGGGAAAGGUGCCCGACCAGAUCCCGCUGUUUCGAGGCCAUACCGCCACCGUCUUGGAUACCGACUGGAACCCCUUCAACGACCGCGUGAUUGCUUCUGGAUCUGAGGAUGGAAAGGUCUUCCUCUGGCAGGUUCCCGAGAACUUCACCCUCUACACCGAUGCCGACGAGCCCGCCGAUGUCUCCCCCGUCAGCAAGCUCGCUGGCCACUCGAGAAAGGUCGGCCAGGUCCAGUUCAACCCCGCUGCGGAAAACAUUCUCGCGUCCGCAUCCGGCGACUUUACGAUCAAGCUCUGGGACAUCACCACCGGCUCGCCUACCCACACCCUAAAGCACAACGACAUCGUCCAGAGUCUGUCGUGGAACGCCAGCGGCUCCAUGUUGGUCACGACAUCUCGCGACAAGAAGAUCCGCGUGUGGGAUGUGCGCGCCGAGAAGCCGGUCCACGAGGCUCCUGGCCACCCGGGCGCCAAGAACAGCAGAGCUGUAUGGAUGGGCGAGCACAACCGUUUCGCCACGGCUGGUUUCUCGCGCAUGAGCGAGCGUCAGCUUGCGCUGUGGGAGCCUGGCCGCAGUGAGCCGAUUGGAGGUUUCAGCAUGCUGGACUCCAUCUCUGGUGUCAUCAUGCCUUUCUGGGAUGACGGAUCCAACUGCUUGUAUCUUGCUGGCAAGGGCGACGGCAACAUCCGAUACUACGAGUACGAGAACGACAAGUUCGAAUACCUGAGCGAGUACAAGUCCGCCGAGCCCCAAAGAGGCAUUGCUUUCGUUCCUCGUCGUGGCAUUAACGUGCACGAGAACGAGGUCAUGAGAGCCUACAAGACGGUCAACGAUAGCUACAUCGAGCCCAUCUCUUUCACCGUCCCCCGUAGAGCCGAAACCUUCCAGUCCGAUAUCUUCCCCCCCGCUACUGGCCUCAAGCCUGCCGUCAGCGCCAAGGAUUGGCUCGAUGGCAAGACUGGCAUUCCCUCCAAGAUCGACUUGGAGAGUGUGUACGAGGGUACCGCCCCGAAGGAGGUUGCCUCUGACUACAAGCCUCCCGUGAUCGCCUCGGCUCCUCCUCCAGCUGCAAAGCCUGCGCCAAAGCCCGCCCCCGCUCCGGAGCCUACUCCGGUGGCACGCUCACCCCCUCCCUCAAUGAAGGAGCAGCAGGCCUCCAUGUCCAACAUGGCCAACAAGUUCAAGGAUGACGAGCCUGCUGAGCCUGAGGAUGAGGACGACGACUCAAGCUUUGAGGAGGUACAAAGACCAGCUCAGCGCGCCGCGGCCCCUGCUGCAGCUCCUGCUCCUGUCCGUGCCGAGCCGGCUAAGAUUCCCUCGCCUAUCAAGGCCGCCUCCCCUGCUCAAGUCAAGUCGCCUCCCGCACAACAGUCCCCUGUCAAGCCCGCAUCUGCCAACUCACCUGCAUCCUCGACGCACAUUGAGUCAUCUCUGGAUCAGAUCAGACAGAUGCUCGAGCAGCAGACCAAGCUCAUUGGCAAGCAGAACGACAAGAUUAGCAAGUUGUCGGACGAAGUCGAGGGGCUGAAGCGCAAGGUGAACGCUGGCGGGUCUCAGGACCAGAGCGAGAGGAUCAGACAAUUGGAGCUGGAACUUGAGGCCGCGCGGUCUUAG